AUGAGACUAAAAUACCCACUGCCACGGCAGAAGAUGGCUGGAGUCGUUUACCGGAAGAAAAAUUCCAACUCUGUGGUUGUAGCUCACUCGAAGGGACCCGGCCAUAUUUUCAAGUUUACCGAGGUCGAAAUCCUCGCAAGAGGUGACAAUCGCAUGAGCCGCGAGCUGCUAGAGUCAUGGUUUACUGGCCCCCAAUUCAUCAACAAGCGCAACGACUUUGCGUUUGGCUACUGCGUACUGAUAAAUUGCCUGAGCAAGAGAAUCAGUCUAGUGGGAAGAGCCGGGCCCAGCAACAACUCAGACGACAGCGAGCAUAAUUUUCGCGCAAUUACCAAGCCCGCAUCCAACACGGAUAAGGAAAUUUUGGUAAUUAACAAGUCAAAUGCGGAGUGUCAAGACAUCACCGCACCAAUUAAGACCCCACUCGGUGACUACAGGAGAUGGACGGAUAUUUAUAGUAUGCAAGUGGACGACCGCCACGAACUAUAA